AUGAGUUCGGUCGUUCUUUCCUGGAGCAUUUUUCUGGCCCUAGUGGGCGGCAUCUAUUGGGUUUACUUUUCGCCUAAAUCUGCCGUCGUCAGAUCUAGCUCCAAGGCAGUCACGGAAGAUAAGGGGGCAGGCAGCAUAUUUCUCGGCGCUAGCGGCACAGAGAGUGCUGUAGCGGGCGAGAAAAAGAAGAAGAAGAAGAAGGCCGCUCUCAGUAACACAGCUGCCAAGGAGCCUGUGUCGACUGGCAACAUUGCCAAGGCCGCAGAGUCUACGGAUGAUGAUGAUGUUGCCCAAGAGGUAGACCAGGCCGAGCUUCUUCGCAGACUCCAGUCUUUGAAGGAGGGUGGCAAUGUUGGGGGCAAGAAAUCCUCCUCCACUAGCUCCUCUACUCGUCUUGCUCCCAAGAAGGCUUUAGCAGCUCCGGCUUCGCCCUUCGCCACGGCUUCGCAGACGUCCUCAGCAGGAGCAGACGCUGAUAUUGACGAAGAGGAAGCCACUCGUCUUCCGGAAUCCGAAUAUUCCUCCGUCUCCAAGCAGUCACAUUCUUCCGAUCCUAGUGACAUGCUUGAGCCUUCUACCGGCGGACCGGGUGUGUUGAAAAUCACUUCAUCCACCCAACUUCCGAGGUCGCAGAAACAAAAGACGACAAGCGCAGCCGACCAGGCUGGUGUACAUGCGAGCAAAAAUGCCAAAAAGAAGGAGAAACAAAAGGCCGCGAAGGAGGCAGAGAAGGCAGAACAAAAAGCCAGAUUUGAAUUGCACCGUGCGACUAUGAGGGCCGCAGAAUCUGCCAAGCAGAAGAACAAGCCUCAAGCUGCUACCCCACCUCCACCUUCCGCAUGGACGAGCGUAAAUAGCCACACCGCACCUGUUGCCCCUGCAGCUCCAAAAGCAGAUGGCCUUCUCGAUACAUUUUCUACGCCGUCAACUCUAAACAAGCCUAGUGCGACAGACGAUUCACCUAUCGACAGCGAGGAUGAGAAGAAACAGAUGAGGAGUACCCACCUUGACAAUUCUUACUGGGAGGAAAUCCCAGAGCAUCUCAUUGGGGGUUGGAACGAAGUUCAAAAGAAGAGUCGCAAGCAGAAGAAGGCCGCAACUGAUGCGCAAACUGGGGAUGAGUCUACGGAUGCUAAGAGCGGGAGAGAGAACUUCCAAAGCAAGUCCUCCGUCAAGGCCCCAGUUAAGGCGCCUGCCAAGAUCGUGAGGCAAACUGUCCAGAAGAAGGACACUUCAACAAGUGGGAAUGGAUUUCAACUCUUGGACAGCGGGAGUACAACAAGUGACACCAAGAAUUCAAGUUCCGAUUGGGCAGAAAUUGACGACUCCGACAACUGGGCAGUCCAUCCCGAAGAAUAG